AUGGGUUACACGCAUUAUUAUGCCAUACGUGGCUGGGAUACUCCUGAAUGGCAAAAGGCCUGGGCCCAGCUCAUCCAAGAUGUCCCCAAUAUCAUCAAAGAAGCCCGGAUUCCUCUCAGCGGCCCAACCAAGUAUGAAGACGAAGUUACACCGGUGCUCGUGGACUCUGAAAAAGGCAUAGACUUGAACGGGGUUGAAGAUGGGGCUCAUGAACCCUUCAUCCUGUGCAAGCCGGGCGAGUGGACUUUCUGCAAGACUGCUCAAAAGCCAUACGAUGUUGUCGUUACAUGCAUCCUUCUCAGGAUUUGGAUGCUGGCACCGAAAAAUAUUGAUCUUGGCUCUGAUGGUCUUUAUGAAGACUGGGCCGAUGCGCGUGACCUCUAUGCCACCUUGUGGCCUGGGGAGCCUACGGAUGCCUCACGGGCACUGUUUGAUGACGGAAAUGAUGAGGAGGCCGAAGAUGAAACCGACCAGGUCAAUUAA